AUGGAGCCCUGCCCCCCUCAGGCACCUCCCUCCCCGGAGCGGGGCCUGGGCUCCCCCUCCCCCUCCCCCGGAGCCCUGGCUCCCCAGGCGCCCCCAAAGCUGGGCCGCCACCUGCUGAUUGAUGGCAACGGGGUCCCCUAUAUGUACACGGUUCGCCUGGAGGAAGAGCAGCCCAGGAGGGAGCUGAAGGCGCCCCCGGGGGAGGCAGCCAAGGCUUACAGCUGCCCCGAGUGCUCUCAGCUCUUUAAGAACCCCGACUGCCUGAAGCGCCACGGAAUCCUGCACUCGGACCUCCGGCCCUACGCGUGCGGCUUGUGCGCCAAAGCCUUCAAGUGGCCCACCAGCCUGCGGCAGCACCUGCUCACGCACGGCACCCGGAGCAAGCGCCGGCACGCCUGCCCCCUCUGCCCGCGGCGCUUCCUGGCCCCCCGGGAGCUGGCCCAGCACCUCCGCGGGCACUAGGCGCCCCGGACCCCCCUUCCAUCCCCUUUGGGCGGCGCUCCGGCCUCGCCACCUUCCCUGUCCGCCAAUAAAUCCCUCCCUUUCUUUUGAAGCUGCGCUGCGCUGGUCCUUGCCCUGGGGAAGCGGCGCCCCCCAGCCCACCCCCACGGAGCCGGCCCUGGCGCUCUGGGGGCUGUGGAGAAGGCUUGACUUCCCCAGAUCUGCGGGGGACCUGCCGGCCAUGCCUCGCGGGGCCGCCCCGCCCCCUGGCCCUGCGCACCACCUCCUGCCCCCGGCUGGCCCGGGCUCCCCUCCGGGGUCCUGCGCCCCAGGCCACCGGGUGGGGCGGCGUGAGCCAGGCUCUCCCCUUGGGCCCCUCCUUUCUGUCAUUCUCAUCCCACAGGCAUGCCCACCGCCCCCUAUUCCAAGCCUUCACCUCAUCCUGCCUGCUCCUCUCAAGUCACUGAUGGGCAAAAGCGUAUUAAAUGCUUGGUACGGGCCAGGUGCUGGGCUGGGAAUUGGGGUCCCCCCAAAAAUGUUCUCCUCUCAAAGAGCCGGUGUGUGCAUCAGUAAUACAUGGGAGGGGAGCAGCUGGGGCUCAGUGGAGAGCCGGGCCCAGCUGGGUGACCCUGGGCAAGUCACUUGGCCCCCAUGGCCUAGCCCUGACUCUUCUGCCUUGGAGCCAUACCCAGUGUUGACUCUAAGAUGAGGGUAAAAAAAAGUAUGUGGGAGACAGCGUAGUAGUGAGGGAGGCAGCAGCAGUAACCGGGAUUGGGAAAGGGCCCGCGUUUGACCUGCAUCUUCGAGGAAGGUAGGGGUUUGAAGGGCAAAGCUGAGGAUUCCUGGCAUAGGGAAUGGAUGGUGCCAAGGCACGGAGGGAGGAAACAGGGCCUUGUGGUCACUUACCCUGUGCCAAGGACCUUGCAAACACUUGGCGGAGGAACAGCCACCUCGUUCCCCAACUCCCCCACAUUCCCUUCCUGAUCCCCCCAUUUCCGGUGAGUGUAGCGCCCUCUUCCACUGACCCAGGUCAGCGACUGGAGUCGUCUUUGACUCUCCUCUAGCCCCAGGAGCUGCUCCACCAAAUCUUUCAUCCGCUCGUUCCGGGACCGUCACUUCCAGUCUCAACGCGUUGCCCAGCGGAUCCAUGACCUCAGCCGUGUGGCUCUAAGCCGGCGGCCCAUCCUGUGGAGCUCUUUUGUCCACAACCCACGGAGAGAUUGCAGCAUGGGUCCACCCACUGUGCUUCCUCCCGUCCUAAAGAGAUUGGCAUCGUUUGGGCAGUCCUUGGGGCUCCCUGCUGCCAUGUGACCAGCCCAUGGUCUUCUAGAGAUCCUGGAUCCUUCCCACCGUCCACUCCUGGCCAGUGUGCACAUGGCCGCAGAUGUCUCUUUGGGCGAUCGUUUUCUGGCAUUUUGUGAUCCGUGUUCCCCUCCCCCGGUACAUAGCCAGAUCUCGGCCAGGCCAGUGCCUUCCGGAGAGAUGGAUUUCCACGUCUCUUUCAAGCGCAGGCUUUGGUUUUAGGGAGGAAUUUGGGGUCAUUUGCAAUUUCCCAGAAACGAUAGAGCUUGCUCCACUCAUCUUGCUUAUUUCUGGUCUCAAUUUGCCGUGUGUGUGCGUGCGUGCCACGUGUGUCUUCAAGGCCCAGCUUGAACUCCGCCAUCUAGGAGAAGCCUCUCCAACCUGUCUUGUCUCCAGUGCCUCCCCUCAGUGGAUGAUCUUCCAGUUCCUCUCAUUAGACUGUGAGUUCCUUGAGAGCAGAAACUAUCUUCAGCCUUUCUUUGUACAGUCGGCAUUUAGUGCAGUGCCUAGCACACAGUAGGCACUUCAUAAAUGCGUGUUGACCAACCAUCCAACUGCAUGUCUCAGCUGGCCAAUUGGCUUCAUUCACUGGGUGGAAGGUCAGCCCAGCCUCUUUUAUUUGAGAGGUUAUAGAUGUCCUGGAGACGCCGCCAUGCGCGGGGCCACCCACACAACGCACCGGCCAAACAGGAGCACCUGGAGGAUCUCACUCCCCAGAGAAGGCCCUUCUGGAUUCAGCCCCCAGCCGUGCCUCCCGCAGCACCACGCUCAGCUUAUGGCUUGCCUGCUACGAAGGAUCAGAGGGCCUUCGGACAAGGCUCUCACUGUUGUAGGUCCCUGGAAAUCUUUGGCUCUUUUUGACGUGUUCUUGGGAGACACUCAUUGCAGGAGAGCUAAAGGCCACUAUUUGCCUGUCAAGUAGCUGCUUCUUUUUUCAGUCAACAAUGAGCCCAGACGACAAUGCAUUCUCCCUAUCUUGUGGUCUCCUGUUAAAUUUAUUUGUCCCAUUUUUUUCCAGGUCCUUUCUGACAUCUGCAGAUGUCUACUUGCUCUUCUCAUUAAAAUUUAAUACGGGGACAGCCGGGUAGCUCAGUGGAUAGAGAGCUAGGCCUAGAGAUAAGAGGUCCUGGGUUCAAAUAUGACCUCAGACACUUCCCAGAUGUGUGACCCUGGGCAAGUCACCUGACCCCAUUGCCUAGCCCUUACCACUCCUCUGCCUUGGAACGCUUCCAGGGCAGGACUUGCUUCUUUUAUCUUUGUUUUCCCAUUUCACUACUCCAGGCCCAAAGUGGGCUUCUGACAAAUUCCUGUUGAUUGACGGCUCUCUAGUCCAGCUUUUUCAAAACUUGGUUUACUUUAUUUAGAUCUGACCAUGUCACUCCCCUAUGAGAAGUCUUCCCUGGCUCUCUGUGCCCUUGAGUGUGACAUUAACAUGCCUUUACAGUU